AUGGACCCUACAAUAACCAAAGGCUAUCAGGCCUUGAAGGAGAGGAAGGACUAUAUAAUAGUUUUUUUGCUCCCCAUAGAUGCCUUCUGGUUGGAAAAUGAGUUCAAUUUUGAGGUCUCCUUGCGGCUUUUGCCGUUGCGGAACCAAUUGAAGGUGAAGAAUCAGAAGUAUUUCAGAGAUCGAUGCUUGGGGUUGGGGAACCAGUUGCUCCUAGUAUAUGUGCUAUGGCUAAUGAAUCAGAGCUGGUCGAUAGAACAGGUGUUACUGAGGCUCCAUCAUGGCUCCAACGGCAAGCCUAUGUUUGAAGAUGUUGACUUCAAUCUCUCAAACGAUAAGGAAUCGUUACUCAACAGUAUGGCAAUUGCUGGAGGAACAGUAGGAUUAGACACCAUCAAUUUCCAUCUAAUUAAUCGACAGUUUGUUGAUGAGAUUAAGUUGGGAACCCUUCAUGAUUCUGAGUUGGCAUUAUUGGAGAAGCAGACUGAAGAAGAAGACUAUUUACGGUUGUUUGCUCAGUUGUGGAGUUUGAAAGAGAGCUAUACCAAGUAUUUGGGGACAGGAUUGAUAGGAGUAGAUUUGAAGCAGUUGGAAUUUCGUAACGUCAGAUUGAUCACAACUGCUGGUGAUUCAAAUACCGGAAUACAAUUGUACAUUGAUGGGAAAAGGAAAGUAUUAGGUGCGAUAAUGACACGACUAUACAAUGAUCAAGUGUAUUAUUCAGUUGUUACCGAUAAAGACUCGCCCAGUCUCCAGGAAAUUGUAGUCGGUCUUAAAGAUUUGUGUUCCGUGUUAAAUAACAUAUAG